AUGGAGGGUGAAUUUCCCUUCCCGCUCCUUGUAGAGGGGGAAUGGGAUCCUAAAACCCCUAAACUCAAGAAUAAACUGAUAAUUUAUUUUCAAAGUAAAAAGUCUGAUGGCGGUGAUUGUAUCGUGCAACUUGAUUCAUCAAGCGGACAGAAGGCGGUUGUACGUUUCAAAACGGAGGAUGUGAGGCAGAGGGUUCUUCAAAAGCAGAUACAUGAGCUGAAGUUGGACAAGACUCUUCUCAAACUUACUGUGCGCCUUCCACCUGGAGAAGAAGGGCCAGCUGAAAAGGUAAGAUGUGUAAUACGACAGGAGACACAAGAAAAGCAUGCAAAGGAUGAAGAAAAGAAAGACACAGCUGAACCUUCGGUUACUGAGGAAGAGGCAGAGGUGACCAAGGACAAAGAGGACCCAUUGUCUAGAUCAGCAGUCAUUGGAAACGUCCAGGAAUUAACUCGGAUGUUCUUGGAUAUGUUGAUUGAAAACAUUCAUGGCUCUUCCUCCAAAGACGAACGUGGCUUCAGUAUUGAAGUUAUCAACGAAAUCGGCUGUGCUGUGGUGACUUUUUCAAGUGUUAAAGAUAUGGAACACUUCAUUUUACAUGGUCCGAACAAUAGAAUGUUCAGACAGAAAAAUCUGAACGUAAGACGUCUUGAGGUCACUGCAAAAGUAAUGGCUGAAAACUUGCCUCCCGACGUGGACUCUGACUAUCUUUCACUGUUCUUCUCCAAAUAUGGAGAAACGGAGGAAAAUGUGGAAAUGCUGGAUGACGAGCAAUCGGCCAUCAUCACCUUUAGAGAUUCCGCAGAUGUUUCAAAAGUCAUCAAAGAGCAGCAUUUUAUUAAGAAACAUCCUGUCAAAGUCUUCCCGUACUACGAAUCACUUGGAGUUGCCUUGUAUGGCGCAGACAGGCCUGCUUUGAAACUUCCAGAUGCCUUCACAGAGAACAUUGAUAAAAGUGUAUGGAGAUACUUACAAGACUACCCGAAAUCUUUGGAGCUUAUCUGUCAAAAUAUGUCCAACUUUUUCUGCAAUCUGGAUUUUAGCCACCCAGCUGUUAAAAUCACCCCCUUACCAUCUCUGCUACAGCAGGGUGGACAGACAAAGAAGCUCCUCUUAGCUUGGAAAGACAGCGCUGCAAAGGAAUUUGCUGCAAAAAUGUCAAGAUUCAAGACCGUUCAGCUCAAGGUCCAAGCAAAUGCAUGGAAGGAAACUGAAUCAGAUGUCUGUCAGGCAGUAUCAAAUCAGGCUGUAACAGUGGUUCCAACUGAGAAUCUGGGAAUCUUGGCAGUGGCAGGCCUAGCAGAGGAUGUGGACAGAAUCAGUGAUUUUCUGAAAGGGAUUGUAGAUAGGAUUACAAAAAGGGUUGAAAGGGAGACAUGUAGCGUGACAGAGGAGAUUGACUUGGUUCCUUCCAUCUAUAGGUUGCUAGAUGAUGUGGAACAGGGAUUGUUAAACAAAUAUCCUGAGCUAAAGCUGACAUACAACUCCCAGAGUCAAAAAGUAACUAUUGUUGGUCUUCAACAAGAGGUGUUGGACUCAAAGAGCAGGAUCCUGCAAGAGGUUGUAAACUUGAAUCGGAGGAUGAUUGAAGUGGACGAACCCAUACUUAACUUUCUGCAUGAUGGAGACCAAGAAGAAUUUGUCAAUAGUUUAUUUAUAUCAGAAGGUGUUUCUGCAUCAUUCCAGAUUGAAGGAAACAGGGUGCAACUUCUGGCAAGAGCAGAGAAAACCUUAAAAGAAGCAGAAUUGCAGUUGAAGACACUGUUGUAUCAUCAGAGUUUGAGUGUAGAGGAUCCUCAUGUGCUUGGGAUGGCAGAGUGGCAGGAGCUUGUCGCCAAUUUAAAAAAGUCAUUCAUUUCUCCUGUUGAUAUCAAAAUAUCUAACUCUCAACAAAUUGUAGUUUCUGGUUUUGUGGAUGAAGUCAAAAGAGCCCAGGAUCAGCUUUGUGAAUUCCUUCACAAAAACUCAGUUAUUAGUAAAACCCUGAAUGGCCAAAAGAUCGUUAUCCAGUUUGUUCAGAAUCAUGAAAAAGACAAGUGGUUAGAUGUAGUGAAAAAUAAAGUAAAAGUAGACUUCAAAGACGAAACCAUCUCACUCAGUGGCCCAAGGCUUCAUGUCUCUGAAUGCCUGUCAUUAUUUCAAAGCUUACUUUCUUCAGUUCAUUAUUGUGAUCUAAAAGUUGCCAGACCAGGGGCUAGAAAGUUUUUCAAGAAAAAUGAGUCAAUGUAUGUUGGCUCUGCCAUGCACCAGACAGGCUGCUUGGUCCAACUUGUAGAUGAGAAUGACACUCUCCAGGGCUCAGGGAACAAAGGCGAAACAAAGCCAUCCUAUGAGGUGCAAACACAACACGGGGUGGAGAUUGCAGUUUGCAAGGCUGACUUGUGUACAUAUCCAGUGGAUGCUGUUGUCAAUGCAGCAGAUGAGGGACUUCAGCAUAAUGGAGGACUGUCACUGGCUCUCUCAAAGGCGGCUGGCCCCCAGUUCCAGCAAGACAGUGACAAGGUCAUCGGAAAGCGAGGAAAACUAAAAGUAGGAGAUGCUGUCAUUACAGGUGCAGGAGGGAAACUCCACUGCAAGCAUGUCAUCCAUGCAGUUGGACCUCGGUAUGACAAAUCUAACCCUAAGAGGUCUGUGGAGCUUUUAAAAAAGACAGUGAAAAGGAGUCUAAAUCUUGCCGAUGGUGAGGGUUUCCACUCUGUGGCAAUUCCAGCAAUAAGUUCCGGCUCAUGUAACUUUCCAUUGGAUCUCUGUGCAGAUGCCAUUGUUAAUGCAGUUAAAAAACACUGUGAUUAUGAGGGAGGAGACACCACAUUGAAGAAGAUACAUCUUGUGAACAAUGAUGACAAAACAGUUAAGGCCAUAGAAGCUGCCAUGCAGAAGGUCUUUGGGAGUCGUUCAACCACUCAGCAAGUCAUUGUCCCACAGAGCCAAGACAAGAGAGGAACACGAAAUUCAGUAACAUCUCAAAGUGCUAAGACGAAAGAGGGUUUGACCAUUACUCUCUUUAAGGGAAACAUCCAGGAUGCCACUAUGGACAUCAUAGUAAAUUCGGUUGCUUCAGACCUUGCACUUAACCAUGGAGCCAUCUCACAAGCCAUCCUUGGUGCAGCAGGUCCACAGCUUCAGACUUUGCUUAAUCAACAAGUAACUGCUCAGGCAAAAUACGGAGAUGUGUUUGUUACCGAUGCCUGUAACCUUAAAAGCAAAUUUGUAUUUCACACUGUUGUACCCCACUGGAAUGGCGGCAAAGGCUCAGAACAGAAGGUGCUUGAACGUAUUGUGGAUGAGUGCUUGGGACAGGCUGAGCAAAAGCAGCAGGCAUCCAUUGUUUUCCCUGCCUUUGGCACUGGACAGCUGGGUUUUCCAAAGCCACUGGUAGCCUCAGUUUUGUUAGACUCAGUCCUUAAGUUUAGUAAGAAGAGGAGUUCCACUCAUGUGCAGGAGGUGGUGCUUGCUCUUCACCCUAAAGAUGUUCUGACCAUUCAGGCCUUUACUGAUGAGUUCAAUAAAAAAUUUGGAAUCCAAUCAGCUUCAGCAUCUGCCAGCAGUCAAAGUGGUUUCUCAAAGGUCACCUCCCCAAAAACUGGGCUGUAUGAGAGCACAGUGGGAGGGGUGGUGGUUCAGCUCACCAGUGGAGACAUAACCAAAGAAACUACAGAUGUGAUUGUAAACUCGAGCAAUGAUGAUUUCACCUUGAAAGCAGGGGUUUCAAAGGCAAUUCUAGAUGCAGCUGGUCAAAACGUAGAGGUUGAGUGCAAACAACUUGGGGCACAGCCAAACAAUGGAAUAAUUAUGAGUCAACCUGGCAACCUGGGCUGUAAAAAGAUCAUCCACCUUUCGGCCAAGAAUGACCCCCAGACAAUCUAUCAGCGUGUUUUGGAGGCUCUCCAAAUGACUGCUCAGCAAAACUUUACAUCCAUCUCCCUCCCUGCCUUUGGCACGGGUCAAGGAGGGGUUCAGGCGUCCCAGGUGGCAGAUUCCAUGCUUGAUGCUGUAGUGGACAUGGUGAAGAAGACUCCCCAGUCCUCCCUCAAACUGGUUCGCAUAGUCAUUUUCCAAGCCCCAAUGCUGGCAGACUUCCACAACAGCAUGCAGGGCAAAGAGGGCACUGGGAAUCUUGCAGCAACUGUGCAAAAAGCAGCGGUGACCCUCAAGCAAGAGAACACAUGGUCCAAAUUGAAAUCAUAUGCCAACAACCUGAAAGCAUUUCUAACUGGAGGCCUAGCAAAGGAUGCCGAACAACACAAAGACAAAGACUUUGUAAUUGAGGGUUUGGUGGUCAAUCCUGCUUGUUUCCAUAUCUGUGGGCCAUCACAGGUUGCGGUGGACAGCGCCAGACAAUGGAUCGAGAAACUGAUCAACGAGGAACAGUGCUUUGAAACCAUCUCAGACUUAAUGAUCCUGAAAAUGUCAGACAAAGAGCAGAAACGCCUCAAAGAGCUUCAGACAAAGACCGACGUCAGCAUUAGAUUGGAGUACAAGUCUACCGACAGCUUGGGAAAGGACGAAGGUGGCGAAGCCCGGAUCACAGUGGAAGGUCUUAGCCGAGAUGUGCUGUCAGCUGCUAGCGAGAUCCAGGCCAUGCUUAAGAGACUUCGAGAUGAGGAGUUCCGCAGGAAAGACAUGGAGGUUCUCAGUGAUGUUGUGGACUGGCAGUAUCAGCAAGGUGUACAGUACCACAGUUUUAACCUUGAAGACAACUUCUAUUUGGAGGAAGCUUUUAACACCAGUCAGCCUCAUGUAGACGUUAAAAUCCAAGGUCAGGUCUAUAAGGUCACAUUACCAGAUGGACCAGCUGUGGACAAUAGGGGCAACCAGCUGAAGAUCAGACGCAUCAACAAAUUGGAAGCUAAUGACACUCUGCCUGAGCAUUGGGAUGCAAUGACGGGUAAUCUUCUAUGCAAGGCGUGCCAAGUGCAAUCUGGUAGCCCAGAAUACAAUGAAGUCCUGAACCUCUUUAAAGCUACCUGCCAAAACAACGUUCUGAAGAUUGAACGGAUCCAGAACCCUUGCUUUUGGAAGAACUAUCAGAUUAAGAAACAAGGCAUGGAACAGAAGAAUGGCCACAAAAACAAUGAGAGGAGACUAUUUCAUGGCACCAGCCAGCCAACCAUAGACCACAUAAACCAUAAUGGCUUCAACCGCAGUUAUGCAGGGAAAAAUGCUGCAGCCUAUGGGAAUGGGACCUACUUUGCAGUCAAUGCCAGAUAUUCAGCAAGCAACACUUAUUCAGUGCCAGACGCUCAGGGACAGAAGUACAUGUACUUGUGCCGAGUCCUCGUUGGUGACUUCACUGCAGGACGGUCAGGAAUGAUAGUCCCUCCAGCCAAGAGCAACACAACCACUGAUCUGUACGACUCUGUUGUGGAUAACCCUGCAAAUCCCAACAUGUUUAUUGUGUUCCAUGAUGUUCAGGCUUAUCCAGAGUACUUGAUAACCUUCAAAUAAACUUAAGGGUUUUCUAAACUCCGUUUGCUAUUUUAACACGGUUACUAAUUAGUAUGAGUAUGAGAAUGAUUACUUGAAUUUG